AUGGCUUCUCAUCCCUACCUCAAGAAAGUUCAUCGGUUGUUCUCUCGCAUGUUGUUUCCUAUUGGAGUUGAUCCAUUUCUUGCAGUAUUGAUAAUCGCCUUUUGGAUGUUUGCUGAAGAAGAUGGCUAUGUUGAUUACUUUGAAUGCAUAAAUGCAUUUAAUGGGUACAAUAUCUUGGUUAUGGUUGAUUCUGUGAGAAAGUUUGUUGUUGACCUUGUUCAUCUUGCAUCGAGUGACACAAAUAGCAGCUCUCCUAGUGCGAAAGAAGUUAUUGAAAGAAUUGAUUUCUACCUCAACAAUAUUUGCUCUGAGGCCUUGGGAGAUCUACUUGAAGAGUUUGAGAUCCAGGAUUUAAUCUAUGAAUAUGCUCAAGAUCAUGAUGAACAUCUGAGGGAAGAAAUUUGUGUUAGACUGGAACUCCUGUGUCAGCCCAAUAACAUUCCAAAAGAAGAGAGAACUCUGCUUGUGAUUUUAUCUGAUGGGUAUACAUUGACUGAAGAUGAACUAUUUGAUUUCUUUAGCCGGAACUACGGAGAAGUUGAAGAAAUUGUUAUAGAGGAACCAAGACUAAGGCCUGAUCCGCUUUGUGCCCUUAUCAUAUUCGCCUCACCCAAUACACUAUUUAAUAACCUCAAUGGAGAUAAGAGGGUCCAUUUCAUCAUAAAAGGGAAAGAUGUGUGGGUUCAACGUUAUGCCAAAGAUAAGAGAGCCCGCUACACUAUAAAUGGUAAACUUUUAUUCUGUUGGGGAUAA